AUUGUGGUUUCUACUUAAAGUGACAGCAGAUGAUUUUUUACAGUGUUCAGUUGCAAUGACUCACAGUGUUUCAGCAGCUGUGUGUUUAAAUGUGUGAGCAUGUGAUAGCAGUUUAUCAGUGUGUUCAUCAUGACGCUCAUUCUGCUCCUCGCUCUCAUCACAGUCAGUGAAAGUGACGGCAGCAGCGUUGUUUGUCGAACAGGUGAAGACGUCACUCUCCCCUGUAAAUAUGACAUCAGACAAUACAAUGCGCAGCCAGUUUGUUGGAGCCGAGGACAAUUACCAAGCGCAGGCUGCAACAACAUGCUCAUCUCCACAUAUGGAUAUAAAGUCAAAGAAGAUGCCAGAUUUUCUAGCAAGUAUCAGUUACUGGGACGACUGGACAAAGGAGAUGUUUCUUUGACGAUACUGAACGUCUCAGAGACAGAUGCUGGACGAUAUGGGUGCAGGGUAAGAAUACCGGGAUGGUUCAAUGAUGACAAACAUCACUAUGAUUUGAAAGUGCUACAGAUGACCAAAUCAACAAUAUUAAGUAGAGAGACGCCUACAGAGCAGCCAGCAGCCAGUUUUACAACAGGUCAGGUGGCCUCCAUAAAGCUCCCCCAAACUUCCUCCUCCAACAGCAGCAUCACAGCCAAGGAGUCCAUGAGGGAGUUGCAGGGGGUCCCCAGAAAAGAUGAAAAAUAG